AUGGGUUGUCCCAUAGAGGUUGAAGAUGUGUUCGGACCAGCAGUUGCUUCAACGUGCCAUUGGGGGUUUGACUUCACCUUGCUGUUCGAGGAGAUCUUCUUUGGCAUUGUACCAGUCGUUGUCCUUUCUGUCCUUAUACCACUUCGCUUAUUUCAGUUAUACCGUCGACAACCGGUGUUUCGACCGGGGGUGUUUUACUAUAUCAAAAUCGCAUGUCAUGCUGCCAACUCUACCAUCCAGCUGGUGAAGUUAAUCUUCCUGGUAAUCCCUAAUUUCGUACCGAAGACCAGGGCGUCGAUAGCAACCGCGGCGCUGAGUUUUUACAUUUCGUUAUUGUUGCUAGCGUUGUCACACUUCGAGCAUCUGAGGAGUGUUCGCCCUUCAGCAUUACUCUCGUUGUAUUUCGGACUGAGUAUCCUUUUCGACACUAUCCGCGCGAGGACUUUAUGGACCAUUGAAGGCAACUUACCAUUUGCGGUCGCCUUCUCGGUUGAUCUGGGCUUCAAGCUUGCUCUUUUCAUCUUCGAAUCGCUAGAGAAAGAGUCAGGCUAUCGUCGUGCAACUUACGAGACCGUGUCUCACGAAACCGCGGGUAACGUCUUCACGAGAGGCCUGUUUUGGUGGCUCAAUCCGUUGUUGUGGAAAGGAUUCAGGCGGAUCCUGGACGUCGACCAACUUCCUGCAAUCGACAAUGAGCUAUCCUCUCCUGAACUCCAGAAGCGUGUGUGGGCACGAUGGGAGCGCUUACCUCACAAAACGCCAGGAGCACUGGUCAAGUUGCUCUUCUCCGAAUACAAGUACAGCAUGUUCCAAGGCAUGCUUCCCCGAUUGGCGUUGUCGGGAUUCACUUUUGCCCAGCCUUUCCUGAUCACAAGGGUCGUCAAUUUCGCAACAGACCCAGUUGUUCGUCUCGACAAUCAGCUUGGCAAUGGCCUCAUCGCUGCUACUGCCCUGAUAUACAUCGGACUCGCCGUAUCCAAUGCAAAUGCUCAGCAUAAGACAUACCGUGUUAUUACAAAGCUGCGAGCCACUCUAGUGUCUUUGAUCUACUACAAGACACUGGGGGUGUCGAUCCCGACAGCCCAAGAGUCCUCUGCUGUCACCCUCAUGAGCACCGACGUUGAACGUUCAGGCACAGGCCUGAGGUUUAUGCACGAGGUCUGGGCAAGUCCGAUCGACAUUGGCCUCGCCAUAUACCUCCUGGAACGUCAACUUGGACCUGCAGCCGCGGCCCCAGGCGUGCUCUUCAUGCUUUGCAGUGGUGCCGGCCUCAGGGUCGCCGCAAGCAUGGGUCAACGGCAGAAACUGUGGCUAGAGUCAAUCGAGCGCAGAAUAAAGGCAACAUCUGACAUGCUGUCGUCGAUGAAAGAAGUCCGCAUGGGCGGCCUCCAGGCACGCAUGGAGGAUGAGAUUGAAAAGCUGCGUAAAGAGGAGAUUGAGAUUUCCCGAAAGUUCAAAAACGCCCUCGCGCUGAUUGUGUGCUUGUCGUAUACAACAGCUGCCAUGGGGCCGGUGUUUUCGUUCGGCAUCUUUUCGCUGCUGGCAAAAAGAAACAACACCACACCAUUGACAACAGAGAAGGGUUUCACAUCUCUGGCUGUAUUUUCGCUGCUCAGAACUCCCAUGGCGCUGAUACUUGAUUCCAUCGCCGGACUCGUGGCUUCGAUAGGAGCUAUGCAGCGUAUUGGUGAGUAUUUGGCCGCAGAAAGCCAUCUGCCAGCACAUCGUCAUCACACAUCUCCAUCGCCACCUCCGCCAUAUGAUCCGAUGAGCUUCGAGAAAGGAGACGAGCGAUACGAUCCUGUACCACUGAAAGAGCUCCAACCCAACCUUGAUUCACCAUCGAACUCGCCAGAUCCGAGAGUCGUCUUGGCCACAAAGUACAGCGCUGGAUGGGAGAAGGAUCGAGGCUUUAUCGUGCAAGAUCUCAACUUCUCCGUCAUGCGAGGCUCUUUGACUUUCAUCGUCGGGCCAGUCGGGUGUGGUAAAUCUACUUUGCUGAAUGCGAUGCUGGGCGAGACGACUGUUAAUUCAGGCGAUCUGCACACCACAUUCGAUCGUGCAGCCUUCGCCGGUCAGUCACCAUGGCUCAUCAGCGAUACAAUCCGAAACAACAUCGUCGGCACCAGCGUCUUUGAGCCUGUAUGGUACAACCAGGUCAUCGAUGCGUGUGCGUUGAGAGACGACAUCUCCAGCAUGGCCCAUGGCGAUCAGGAAAUCGUUGAUGGUGGAGGCUCCAAUCUGAGUGGAGGUCAACAAGCUCGCGUGGGCGUCGCGAGAGCCGUAUAUUCGCGUCAACGUGUCAUCAUCUUCGAUGAUGUGAUGUCCGGCCUGGACGCUCGCACCGAGAGCACGCUCUUCACGAAUUUGCUUGGUCCCGAGGGACUGCUGCGCAAUGACAGCAUCACAACUAUCUUCGCAACGAAUGCCGUACACAGAUUGUCAGCCGGCGACCAUGUUAUUGCCCUCACAGCUGACGGUAAAAUCCUGGAGCAGGGUCCUUAUGCAGAACUGCUGAAAACAAAACACGGCCAGUCCUCGCCGCCUGAGAGCGACGGGUUCGAGCAGGCAUCGAUCAAGCCUGUCGAUACCGAAGUCCAGGGUCUGAUAGCCAAGCUUUCCGCGCAAGAAGUCAAGGGCAGUCAGCGGCGCACUGGCGACCUAUCAGUCUACCAGUACUACGCCAAAAUCGUUGGCUGGUUCAACUUCCUUCUCUUUCUCUCUUGCGGCGCGCUGUUCGUCUUUGCUCUGGUAUUCCCACAGUAUCUGGUCAAAUGGUGGGCUGAGCAGAAUGCACGCGAGCCGCACAGCAAGCUGGGCUUGUAUUUAGGCUCAUACUUCGGUCUGGCGUGGCUCGCCAUCUUUGGGCUGGCAGCAGGAUGUCUGCAACUGGUCGUCCGAAUGAUGCCUCGUGCAUCUACUUCGUUCCACACCAUACUCUUGCAGACGACACUGAACGCGCCACUCUCACUGUUCUCGGGUAGCAAUGUCGGUGACUCUGUCAACAGAUUCAGCUCGGACCUACAGCUGAUUGAUAUGGAACUGCCACUUGCGCUUUUCAACACUUCUAUCGAGUUUUUGUCCAGCAUUGCCAAUCUGAUCGUGAUUGCAAUCUCAGCGAAAUUCAUCGGCGCAGCGCUUCCAGCAGUGCUUGUCGUCUUCUUCUUCGUGCAGAAGUUCUACUUGCGAACUGCUCGGCAAUUGAGACUUCUAGAUAUCGAAGCAAAAGGCCCACUGUUCUCGCACUUCCUCGAGACCUUAUCGGGAAUUGCAGCGAUUCGCUCUUACGGUGCUGAAGCUGAUUACGAGCAUCGCGCGAUGGACAAGCUCGAUUAUUCUCAGAAGCCCAACUACCUUUUAUACUGCGUACAGAGGUGGUUGAACUUGGUGCUUGACUUUAUUGUGGCGGGCAUAGCGAUAGUGUUCAUUGCAAUUGCUGUCAAGACCAAAGGCGAUAUCGACCCCGGAUUGAUCGGAACUGCACUUGUGGGUAUCGUCAACUUCAGCGUCAGCAUCAAAGCUCUCUUGGAGAACUGGACGAAUUUGGAGACGUCCGUCGGUGCGGUGUCCCGCGUGAGGUCUUUCGCACUCGAGACGAGGUCCGAGCACAUGCCUGGUGAGAACCACCCACCACCGCCAAACUGGCCUGCGGAAGGCAAUGUUACCUAUCACGAAAUCACAGCGACUUGGGAAGGCAAAGACAAGCCGGUCAUCAAAGAGCUGUCGCUCGGCGUGGAGCCUGGCAAGAAGCUUGCGAUCUGUGGCCGAAGUGGCAGCGGCAAGUCCUCGCUCAUCUCAGCAUUGUUUCGCCUGCUCGAGCCUCAACUUGGUGCUAUCAUCAUCGACGGUGUCGACCUCACAACAAUGCCGCGUCAGGAGAUCCGAGGGCGACUGAUAUGCGUGCCACAAGCGCCCUUCCUUCUUACGGGCAGCAUCCGAGAGAACGUUGACCCCUUCCACGUCGCGACUGACGAAGACGUCAUGUACGCCCUGCGGCAAGUGCAAAUGCUCGAGGCGAUUCAGAGCAUCGGCGGUCUCAACGCAACCGUUGAUGGCGACAAGAUGUCCGUAGGACAGAAGCAGCUCAUCUGCCUCGCCCGCGCCACUCUCAGACCGGGGUCGAUCUUGGUCCUUGACGAAGCGACCGCUUCGUUAGAUUUCGACACGGACGAGAUCGUGCAGAAGGUGAUUCGCACAGCCUUCAAACACCACACCAUAAUUGCCAUUGCGCAUCGCUUAAAAACCAUCGUCGAUUAUGACCACGUGGCCGUCAUCUCCGACGGCCGCCUCGUUGAGUACGGUCCACCUUCCCGUCUCCUAGAAGACCAAUCUUCACGAUUCGCACAGCUCUACCGCAUCUCCGCCGGGCACACCAAGAUCGAGCGCGCCAAAUCCCUCGCUCGUGCGCGCUCCCUGCAACGCAACGCCUCUGCCCGUUCCGGUCUCACCAUCCGUUCCCUUAGCAAGAACGUCCACCGUCCACCACCACUCAACGAUGACCCGUCCCAAGACCUCGGCCGAUCCAACAGCUGGACGACCGAAGACGGCAAAGGGCCACCAUCGCUGGCAAACCUGCAGACCACCAACCUCGACCACGACAAAGCCGAGCAGGACCUCUCUGCCUGGCCCUCCUACCACGACUCCCGUCCGAACUUCCCCGACGACGACGAUGACGACGAAGGCGUCAGUCCCCUCAUCGCCGGCACCCUCUCCGGCCCUCAUUCCGACUUUCCCGUCAUGCCAACCUUUGCCAUCUCCUCGGCGCCCAAUUCCGCAACGUCCGACAGCCACUUUACGGUGCGCCAGCAGAUCGACGCGGCGUUCAUGUCGUAUACGAACGCGAGUAGCAGGGCCGGCGCUGGUACUGGUACGAUCGGGCGGGGCGGGGGCGUGGGCAUGGGCGAUUACGGACGGUAUGGUGGGCUGGCGAGGCUGGCGACGAUGAAGCGGGAGAGGGAGAAGAGGGAGAUGGACCGGAGGUGGGAGGAGAGGUUGGGGAGGUUUGGGAGCUUGAAUGGACGGACGGAGGGGGAGGAGGUGGUGGAGGGCGAGGCGAGUGGCAGCCAAGCAAGGUAUUCAGUGCCUGAUGUCGACUUCGAUUGA